CGGGAAGCAAGGACUCAGCCAGCUAUUGCUUCACCAUAUAACUGUUAUGCUCGCUGCUUUCAAUGCUAGAUGCUCCCUGUGCAGAGCCUCGCUCAAGCUCAGAGCCUGGCUUGGUGCUCGAACCUAUGCUACAAAUACUAAAGCGCCUCGAGACAGAGAUAUCACUGCUAGCCAAAUCCGGUUUGUCAAUGCAGAGGGACAGUUCCAGGGUACUCUGUCCUUGUCUCAAGUAAGAAGAGCCUAUGAUGCCACAACGCAUUCGCUCGUCAAUAUGACACCGUCUCAGGCGAUACCUACGUGCCGUCUCUUCGCCUUGGAUGCCUUGAAAGAGGCAGAGACAAAGGCCUAUGCCACGAAACGUGCCAAGAAGGGCACCUCCAACCCUGCUCAAGUGACGAAAGAGGUCAAUUUGAGUUGGAACGUCACGGAUCACGAUUUGGAACAUAAAUUGGAUUCUGGCUUACAGGCUCUCAAAAAAGGCAACAAGGUGGAUGUCUCCAUUGGCGUCAAGCGGAAACGUGGAGCAGCCGUGCCUUCUGUCCAGCAGCGUUCUGAGCUCGUCACCAAAGUAAAGCAGCAACUCGCAGACAGAAGGUAG